AUGGAUAUUAUAUUGGGUAUAAGAGUGCAGGACGCUGUGGUGCUGGCUACUUCGAAGGCAGUGACCCGGGGGAUAUCGGUUUUGAAGGAUUCAGAUGAUAAGACUAGAGUUUUGUCGCCACACACGCUGAUGAGUUUCAGUGGUGAAGCUGGUGAUACUGUGCAAUUUGCAGAGUACAUUCAGGCAAACAUGCAACUGUAUUCGGUGCGGGAGAAUAUGGAAUUGUCGCCACACGCGACGUCGAGCUUUGUGAGACAAGAGCUAGCUAAAUCGAUUAGAUCGAGGAAACCGUACCAGGUGAAUGUGUUGAUUGGGGGAUACGACACGAAAGCGGGUAGACCAGAGUUGUACCAGAUUGAUUAUCUGGGGACCAAUGUGGAGCUGCCCUAUGCUGCACACGGAUACGCGGGAUUCUACACCUUCUCGCUGCUGGACCGCCAUUACCGCCCGGAUAUGACGCUGGCGGAAGGUUUGGAGCUGUUGAAGAAAUGUGUCGAGGAAUUGGACAGGAGAAUGCCGGUCGAUUUCAAGGGAGUAAUAGUGAAGGUGGUCGACAAAGAAGGUGUCAGGCAACUCGACGACAUCAAUUAG